AGUACAUUGGGACUGUUUACUUGACGUUUUCCCAGAAGACCAAUAGAUCUCCACAUCUCUAAUUUACUCCUACCAAACACAGCCCUCAGGGAGAUGAAACAGGAUUCGUGUUUGUCUACGUGUGAUCUCUGGGAGGCUUGUUAAAAUGCAGAUUUUCGGGCUCACCCUAAGCCCACAGAACAGAAUCACCGCUGACGCACCCCGAUUCAGGGCUUUAAUAAGUUUCCCACGUGUCUCACGUUCUCCGACCUCCCGGCCGCCCUUUGCUGAAGACCGGUGAAGCUCGCCUACCAGAGGGUGGCGCUCUUCCACAGCCCUCCAGCCUCCGGCUCCCGGAAGGGCAGCUCUGUCCGCCGUCGACGCCGCACUCGCCUCUUCUCUUCCGCUUCCGGUGUUCCCCAGAGCCAUGGCUGCCGCCGCCGCCGCCGGCCCUGGGGCGCCGGUGUCCCCGGACGAAUUGCUUCCGAAAGGCGAUGCCGAGAAGCCUGAGGAGGAGCUGGAGGAGGAAGACGACGAGGAGUUAGAUGAGACUCUGUCGGAGAGACUGUGGGGUCUGACGGAGAUGUUCCCGGAGAGAGUCCGGUCCGCGGCUGGAGCCACUUUCGAUCUCUCCCUCUUCGUGGCUCAAAAAAUGUACAGGUUCUCCAGGGCAGCCUUGUGGAUUGGCACCACCUCCUUCAUGAUCCUGGUCCUUCCGGUCGUCUUUGAGACUGAGAAGCUGCAGGUGGAGCAGCAGCAGCAGCUGCAGCAGCGGCAGAUACUUCUAGGGCCUAAUACAGGGCUGUCAGGAGGAAUGCCCGGGGCUCUACCUUCACUUCCUGGAAAGAUCUAGAUUGUUACUGCUAUGUUUGGCCUGUCUUGGUGGGAGAAGUUUGAAAAUUCAAUAGUGUUUGAACUGCUGGUCGUUGGAUUUUUUUUAAUUUUUUUUUUUUUUUUUUUUUUUUUUUUUUUUUUAACUCCGGCACACUGAUCUAUCUAAACUUGGUGGGGAGGAUUCUCCCCACAUUGUCUCAUGGAGAGACUCCUCACUUGCAGCUGUGCCCUCCAUGCCCUCCUGACUUGUUUCUUCUGUCCUCACUCUGAUACCAGAGUGCAGCAAUGCAGACGGUUACUCCAGCUCCGGCCAUCCCACCCCUUUCGCUAAGUUACUUCUGACGGCAGAUCUCCUCACUAUCCCAUCGUGGGGUAGGAACUGAUGCCAUCGGGAAGGAUGUGCCCCCGACCAUUAACGGCUGUUCAGUUUUUAAGAAUGGGGAUGUUGGGGAGGGACGUGCACACGAGAUAAAACUGAAUUUCUGUGUAUGUUGGAAAGGAUGGAGGGAGGGCUGGCAACAGCUUCAACCACAAGAUGGGGGCUGUGGAGGACAGAGCAGGAGCUUAUUUCCUCUGCAUAUUUUGGCUGUUAGACGUGUGUGUGUCUAAAAGAGAAAAAAAAGUCAGUGCUCACUUUUUCUAUUUAAAUAUUAAAAAAUGAUUCCAACCAGAAAUGUCUUCCAAGUGCUUGUCAUACAUACCUUGAAAUUAUUUAGACCAUUUUAGAAGGGCAAAGAAGACUGCCCCUCACAUUUUCUCUCACCUGAGCCAGCACCACCGUUUAAUACUGACUGAUCCCUUAGGCCCAAGCUAGUUAAAUUGCCAGAGGUAAAAAAAAAAAUUCGUCUUUGACCAAGAACCUCUCUGAGUUCAAGCAGUCAGGUUCAGAUCCACCAGCAAAGGAUUGGGUCCAUGUACUUGCACAGUCUACAAUGACAUUAUACAGUUAUAAAGGGGGAAUUCCCUGGUGGUCCAGUAGUUGGGACUCUGUGCUUCCACUGCAGGCAACACGGGUUCGAUCCCUGUUUGGCGAACUAAGAUCCCACAUGCUGUGAAGCUCGGCCAAAGGGGAAAAAAAAAGAAAAAAACAAUAAUUAUAAAGGACUUGUAAAGAAUGACAGAGUAUUGCUAUCUAGUCUGGGGAUAGGAAGGUUGCAAAUAGAACAUCUUGGGUUUGUUCUUUCUGAAAAUACAGUUGACCCUUGAACAACACGGGGUUAGGGGAACUAACCCUCCUUGCAGUCAAAAGCCUGUGCGUUUCUUUUAAAAAUCAUUGGCCCGCUAUGUGUCUGCUGUCCAACCAAUCACAGUUCAUGUGGCACUGUAGGAUUUCUUGAAAAAAGUUCACGUGUAAGUGGACCCACAGAGUUCAAACCUGUGCUGUUAGGAUCAACUGUAAUUGCUGAUGAGCUGUUGACAGUGAAUCCAACUGUAGCCCUAUCUUUGCACUUCGUAAUUUUUCCAUUUCACACACAUUUUUAUUGGCAUUGUGCUAGUAACAAUACUAAGUCUUUUAUGUGGGUUGCUGGAACUACACAAUUUAGGAGGUGGUAGUAUUCUCAUUUUACAGAAGAGGAAAACAGUCCCAGAAAGGUUGUGAUCUGUUCCAGGCUGAAUAGAAAAUGCCUGAUCUGAAUUCAAACCUAGGGAGUCUGGCUCGGAAUCCUGCUAUGUACUUGGUGCUGGGGCCUCCCAGGUACUCUGUGUAAAUACAUAGUCAUCUUCCACCUGUUAACCAGGGAAGAAUAGUCACUUGUCAGUAAAGAAAACUUGUACUUAAGAUUAGGGUUAGGGUUCUUCAUAUUGUGGAGCCUAGUUUUUACAAAUUAAACCGAAAAGUGUCUCGGGCUUUUUUUGAACCAAGCCCUACUUGGUGAGUAUUUUGUCUGGAUUUUUGAAGUGAGAGGUCUGGCCAAAGCACAAUAUGUCUCUAAGAGAUGACUUGUGGUGGCAGUGAAUUCCUUCCAAAGCAGCAUCAUACUAAACUUCACUUUUUUUAAUGUACAGAGUUACAGAAUUCAGACAGAUGAAAUUUAUGUGUGGAGUUUUCCAUUUUUAAUAUUUGGUUAAACAAAAUACAUCUUUUGUAAACAAACCCAGCACAAGGCCAACAAAAAGGAAUAAAAGCAAGAAAAACGAAAAGCCUAGGGUUGCCCCUCACUGGGCAUCAGGGUCAGGCCUGCCCCCUUUCUUAAAGGAAGUGGGGCUUUUUGCCCUUGGGCAUCAGCAUAGGUCCCUGUUCCUAAGCACCAGAAUUGGAUAUGAACAGAGAAACCAGCCCUGAAAUGUUUAAGCAUCUUUGCAUAUAUCCCACUGGCUCAUAGACUCCAAGUGCAUGGGGGCUCCUUUGAAGUGCCAUUUGCACAGGCCCAAGCAGAUCGGUGGCGAGGAGUUUCCUUCUCCUCCCAGGAAAUGGCUUACGUCACUGACAGUGCCAAUGGACUCAAGGUCCUGCUUGUGACAAUCAGCAAGGCUGGCUGUAACUUCUGGCUGGUGGUGGUUGGAAUGUCAUUGUGCAGGGCAAAGAGCUCCCUGUGGUGCCAAGCAGGUCUGGUGUAGAAAAUGGUGCAGAAGAGAAUGCGGCCACGUGCCGAGAGGGUGUAAUGCAGUUGCCGCUUGGUGGCCUCUGUUACUCAGCAUAAAAAAUGGCCUUGUUGGAUUGAAGAUACAUGUGCAGAAAAAGUGCUGGUGUAAACAUGCACUCCAGCCACAGUGGGGAGAAGCCUCAGCUUCAUCCCGUUCAGCUUGCUCAGGCUGGACAUGCAAGCCCCAGGCUGGCUCUGCUAUUGGAGAGAUCUGGCCAGUGGGGCAGCUCUCAGACCUGCCGAAACCACUGACCUGUGAGGGCUGGACAGGCCAUCCUUGCCUGCCCGCCUGCCCUGAGACAACCACAGCCACUGUGGUGACAGGCGGUGUAGUAUGACCCUUACUUCUCCUUUUGUCUUCCCAAGUUACAGGGAGAAAAAUGGCCUACAACUAUUUAAAGAGGUAGGGGGCGGGUCCGUUCUCAGUUGAUCUGUAAAGGAAGCUACAGAGAGAUGACAAAGCGUAACGCACAUAUCCACCCAACGUGAGGGCUCUGCUUCUUGUCACUAUAGUGACUCCAAGCCUAGGACUUCUACCCAUUCUAGCUGCUCCACGUUUCUGAAGGCUUAUCUUCCCAAUACUUUCCUUGCCCAACUCGGUCUCAAACUAGUAGAGGUUGAUGUCAAAGUCAGUCUUAUUUUUUUCCUGAUUUUUGCCAGAGUGGGUCAGCUGGGAAAACUGCCCUUUUGCCUAUCUUGUGCCCCAAAGUCUCCUAAACCAAUGCAAUGCAGUGAAGUGGGAGGGAUGAUGCUGGAGUGAGGCGGACAGG